CUUAUUGAUACUUGCUCCUCCCUGUUCCGUACAGAGAUGGAGAAAAUGGAAUCCUAAGAUCGUAGCAAUCUAUUCAUGCGAAUUUGUAAUAAUUAAAUGCGAAUCAUUUAAAAAGAAGAAAACGGUAUCUACACCAGAGAGCAGUUACAUCUGGAUCCUGGUGGAGCGUGUAAGGCCUAUUUGUCAUCCUCCCUUCUCUAAGCCAAUGGAAGGUUCCGACAGCUCCGAGCAAGGAGGCAGCGACCAGUCAGAGUCGCAGCGCCGGAGGCAGUUGGAUAGGCUGGACAGAGAAGAAGCCUUCUACCAGUUUGUGAACAACCUGAGUGAGGAAGAUUAUAGACUCAUGAGAGACAACAACCUACUGGGGACCCCAGGUGAAAUCACAGAGGAGGAGCUGCUGAGUAGGCUUCAGCAGAUCAAGGAUGGUCCAGAGCAGCUUGACAGCAACAGCACUAGUCUUGAGAGUGGAGAAGGCACAGGGGAUCCGCCCGAAGCUUCUGAGGAUUCGUCCAAUGGCGACACCCUCCUAGACUGGCUAAACACAGUCCGAAGGACGGGAAACACCACGCGAAGCGGUCACCGUGGGAACCAGUCAUGGCGGGCAGUCAGCCGAACCAACCCGAACAGCGGGGACUUCCGUUUCAGUCUAGAGAUCAACGUAAACCGUAACCUUGCGGAACAGCAAGCCAGAGCCGAAGCUGGCGAAGCCCAGGAGACUGUAGAGAUGCCUGGAGUUGUAGUUGAGGCCGAGCCCACCGAAACGCCAAUGGAAACUGAGGAGUCUGUGGUGGAGCCUGUGUUGGAGCAUGUGGUGGAGGAGCUGACAGUGACAGUUGAGCCUGAGCCAGAGCUGGGGGCUUUACCAGUGCCUGAGGCGGAGGCAGAUGCUGGUUUUGUACCUGUCCCGCUGGUGGAAGAAGCCCCUUAUGUAGUACCAGAGGUUGUAGUAGCUGCAUCAGUGCCCUGCAGCCCACCUGCUAGCCCGCUGGUUGUAACCCCACUUCCCCUCCCACCAUCACCUCCUGUCCAGGCCCCAGCCCCUUCCAACCUUCACACAGAGGAGCCCCUUCGCCGGGGCCAGAGGAGAGCCCGCAGCCGCAGCCCUGAGCAGCGUAGGACCAGGGCUCGCACGGCCAGGAGUCGCUCCCCCCUCACCCUGGAGCUCCUGGACUCCCACCCCCGGCAAGCCCCUAACACUCACAGCCCCGACACCUUUCCUGCAUCCCCUCCGGAGGGGAGCUCCAGGACUCGACAGCAUGUGCUGUCCAGGCAGAGCACAGCCGAAUACGACCCUCAGCCAGCUAGGGCCGGACUUGGAGCUGGAACCGGAGCCCCAGAGAUAACCAGUCCCCCACCACCAGAGGGAGAGGCCACAGGCGGGGAAGCAGGGGCAACUAACAGGCGGCCCCCCACCAUCAUGCUGGAUCUUCAGGUGCGUCGGGUGCGUCCAGGAGAGUACCGUCAGAGGGACAGUAUUGCCAACCGCACUCGGUCUCGCUCCCAGAACUCCAACAAUACAUUUCUGUACGAGAGCGAGCGUGGAGGGUUCCGCAGAACCUUCUCACGGUCCGAACGUGCCGGUGUACGGACAUAUGUCAGCACCAUCCGCAUCCCCAUACGGCGGAUCUCAGAUGCAGGUCUGGGCGAGGCCACCUCCAUGGCGCUCCAGUCAAUGAUCCGUCAGAUCAUGACGGGUUUCGGAGAGCUCAGUUACUUCAUGGACUCUGACUCGGAUUCCUCAGAUUCGAACCGUGGUGCCAACCCACCGGCGGACCUAGCAGAAGCCCUUGGUAACCCGGACGCUGCUGUUGCUGCUGCAGCUGCUGUGGUGGCAGAGCCUGCUGUGGUGGCAAGCAUACCUGUUGGCCUUGGGACCCCCGAGGCAAGGACAGAAGAGAGGGAUGUAGAAGAGGGGCUGGGGUCUGGGUCCUCAGCCAGAGGUGGGGGCGGAGGCAGCCGGGCCCGGCCCCGGGCUCCCAUUAGUCUGGAGGAGCCCAGCUCCCUCCCCUUCCUCCGCCUUGCCCACUUCUUUCUUCUGAAUGACGACGAUGAGGACCAGCCGCGGGGGCUGACCAAAGAGCAGAUUGACAACCUGUCCACGCGCAACUUUGGUGAGAGCGACGCGCUCAAGACCUGCAGUGUGUGUAUCACAGAAUACACUGAAGGAAACAAGCUAAGGAAGCUGCCCUGCUCACACGAAUACCAUGUCCAUUGCAUUGACCGCUGGCUAUCAGAGAACUCCACUUGUCCCAUUUGUCGCAGGGCAGUCCUGGUAUCCACCAAUCGGGAAAGUGUGGUGUAGUAGCAGGGAAGCCAGGAGGGGUCAUUCACAGUCAGGGUCAGUGCUCCUCCCAAUCCAGCCUCUUACACGCCAACAAAGGUCUGAGGGUAUAUCUUAGGAGCAAGUAGUGGGGCGACAGUACAUUUCCUCUGAUUGGCUAGUUGGUAUUGUUUCCAUUUUGUCAUGGUCCAAUCCCCUCAGAAGUCCACCAGUGCCUGGGGGAAGGCUAGGUCUUGGGAGGUUGCUUUGGAGCCUAACCAGUUUCACAGGAGACUAGAUCAUUCAUAGCAACAGCAGCAGUCCUCUUUUAGUUAAACCAGUGUCUGUUACCUCAGGCUCUAAAAUAUUUUAGAUUUCUCAAUUUCAAAUGUUGAUGUUUUAUUAUCCCAACCCCCCCCCCCCCAAGCCAUCAGUGAUAAAUAUCCUUUAUACCAGGAUGUGGGUGGACAGGUAAGGCUUUGGUGUAUAAAUCAACUCUCCUAUCGACUGGCAAAUCCUGAUUGUGACAGCAUAAUCAUGUUGAAAGGCUGGUGCUGAAUAGGACAUAAGACAAGAUAAGGGGAGAAAUGGGAAUGCUACGAAUCCUUUGGACUCCCCGCCUUUUCUCUAUUUACUUGAGACAAAAGAAACUGCUAUUAAUAUUUUGGAGUGGCACAGAUUGUCAAGUGUUGAAGAUUACAGAAUGGUUUUUAAGUUAAAGUAUGUACAAUGUUGUACAGUCUUUAGGGAAAACAUUUGAGUAGGCUAAUAGAAUUAUGUUUGGAAUGCUGACAUUUAUUUUUUGAAUCCCACCACAUCCUCAUGGCUGUUAAUUCAUCAAGAGUGAUUGUUUUACACCUGAGAUCUCAAACCGUUUCAGACGCAGUGGUGUUUGUAUAGUCACCAUCAAAGGUUGCUUUGAUCCCAACAGUGCAGUCAAGUUUUUCUGUUGUGACCCCUGAACAAUAAAUACGAACAUUUUAGAAUUUUCACUGAGCAGAUCAAAACUCAGAUUUAAAAAGAUUUAACAUCUGACUGAUUUCUAAAGAUAAAAUAACAGGCAGUCAUCUGGUGUUGAAGUGUUUACAGGACCUGACCUGAACCCCUAGAUGUGGACAGUUCAUCUGCCCCUUCCUAGCAGAUGAAUUGGAUGUCAGUGCAAUAUACACAAAUGGGGAAACAUUUGAAGUCAUUCAAAAAAUAUUAUGAACAUGUAAUAUUAUUUCUAAAAUAUUGUGUAGACUGUUAAAGUUUCACUUAUAUGAAAGGUUACCUAUUUAAAAUGUUAUACUUUGCUCUAGCUUCAUUUUUAUUUUUCUGUACAUUUGAGGCACUGCUCCAUGGUUCUGAAUUAUGAGCUCUGGGCAAUAAGGGGGAUAUCUUAUUUCAUUGUGCCACCUCUUAUAAGGUUUCUCAUGUUGGCACAAGUGAACUUCUUCCCCCUGUAAGAUUUUUGUGUGGAAAGUUCAAGUCUCUGUUAUUGUUAAAUAGCAAUUAUAAUGAAAUGUUUGUUUGUUUUUUUUUGGGGGGGGGGUGGUCUGGCCCUGCCCUUGUUCUAUGGCAUAAUGUAGUAUGUGGACUGGAUAUCAUUCCCAUUCAUAACAGCUUUUUUCUGAAUUAAACAGUUUAUUCCUCUGCAAAUUGCAUUGUAGGCAUGCAUCAUAUAGCCUCAAUGUGUGUUAUUUUCAAGUCUGUAUGUUGGAGAUGUCAAAAUUGACCCUGUAUUUUAACAGGGCUGGUUGUCUAAUGUUCCGUAA